AUGCCCCCUGGCACUGCUCGCCCUCCUCAGCAUGUCCUUCCUGCUAUGACAAUGGGCGUGCGAAACAGGGGCAGCUGCAAUUCAGCAGGUCUGCCCACACCCUCAGUUCAGGUGAAUACUGUUUUCUCCACUGACAAGAAUUCAAGUACUGUGAUCUUGGAAGAGUUCUACUGGAAUGACUCUUAUGAAUCAUAUGACUAUGAUGACAGCAGCCUAGAAGCAGCCGCCCCCUGCCAUUCCUGCAGCCUGCUGGAUGACUCUUCACUGCCCUUCUUCAUCGUGGCCAGUGUGCUGGGCUUCCUAGCUGGUGGAGCUGUCCUCUUUGCACUUCUCAGACCCCUCUUCCACUGGGAGCUCUGUCCCGAUCGGCCUAUCCUGGUAGAGUUGGCUGUGGGCAGUGCCCUCUUCAGUAUGGUGAUGCCCAUGCUGGCACCAGGGCUCAGUAGCUCCCUAAGUACUGUCAUGUGCUCCCUGGGCCACUUGGUCUGGUACAGCUUAGCCUUUGCCCAGGCUCUACUGAUAGCAUGCCGGGCCUGUCUGGGUCCCAAGUUGGGCACAUGCCGGGUCCCAGGCUUUACCCUGGGGCUCACUAUGGGACUUUGGGGAAUGGCUGCCCUCUUGGCACUGCCAACUGCUUUGACCAGUGGUAAUUCUCAAGGAUACUGUGCUUUGAACGUCAACAGAGGGCUAGGGACUUUGCAGUACAUGCAUGUCACAGUCUGUUUUAUCAUCUUCUUCUUGUUGCCAACGGGCUUGGUGGGAGCCAAGGGGCUAAAAAGGGCACUGGGCGGGGGACCAGGACCCUGGGUUGAUAUUCUUUGGGUGUGGUUCAUUUUUUGGUGGCCCCAUGGGGUGGUUAUGGGAUUUGAUUCCCUUGUGAGGGCCAGGGUCUUGCUCUUGCCAACGUGUUUAGCUCAGAAAGUCCUGGACCUGCUGCUGCACCUGGCAGAAGCCCUGGCCAUCUUGCAUUGCGUGGCUACACCCCUGAUCCUGGCUCUGUUCUGCCACAAGACAACCCACACAUCCUUGUCCUCCCUGACCCUCCCUGAAAGACGGUCGUCUCUGGACAUCCUAGGGGGCAAAUCCUAG